AUGCAGCAGGACGUGAGAGUGAUUCCAAAGGAGGAGGCGGGUCCGUCGGAGAGCGCCAGGUGGAUCUGGCGGAACGGGAUCAAUCCGGUGGCUGACGCCGGUUCCGGAGCUGACCGGAGGCGGAGCGCGGGGUGUAAUUAUGCCCGCGAUCUGCGUGGCCUGCGUGAGGAACGCCGCCCAGCCGCCGCCCAGCCGCCGCCCAGCCGCCGCCCAGCUCUCCGGCACACCGCUGUCAUCCUGCGAACAGACGGGCCACGUGCCACGCCCAGAAUCAGCCACACGGGCGAGAAAUGGAGGCCGCCCCGAACCCAGACUCACCCGGCAGCGGCUCAGAGGACUUGGGCCAUUUGUGCCUCCUCCUCCAGUGCCCCCCCUCCAGUGCUCCCCAGCCACAUCAGACCAGCCCUGAAACGGAGCAGCACUGCCCCCCAGCACCCCAGCUCACAGCAGGGGCCUUCAUUCGACCCCUCCCGCCCACGGCGAAGGUCUAAGUCCGUCAGUGAAAACUCCUUCAGCAUGGUGUACUCUCCCCUCCUCAACAACCUGUUUGGCCAGGACAGAGACCUGACACCAGAGGAACUGGAUGAGCUGAGAGUGGCCUUCAGGGAGUUUGACUACGACCAGGACGGGUACCUGAACUACAAGGACCUGGCGGAAUGCAUGCGGACCAUGGGAUACAUGCCCACGGAGAUGGAGCUGAUAGAGAUCAUUCAGCACAUCAAGAUGAGACUGGGGGGGCGGAUGGACUUUGAGGAUUUCUGUGACCUGAUGGGCCCCCGAAUGCUGGCAGAGACAGCCCACAUGCUGGGAGUCAGAGAGCUGAAAUGUGCUUUCAAGCAGUUUGACUAUGAUGGAGACGGACAGAUCACCUUUGAGGAUAUGAAGGAGGCAGUGAAGUCGCUCCUCGGGGAGAAGCUGAAGAAGGACGAGGUGGAGGAGCUCCUGAGGGACAUUGACCGCAACGGAGACGGCAGCGUCGACUUCGACGAGUUUGUCAUGAUGCUAUCGUCAGGGUAG